GGUUUAGUCUAUCUCCAGGCGCUAGACGCGACGAGUGCCGAGAGGGGUUGCGGCGCACGAGGCAGAGGGUUGCGCGCGUGGUUGUACGUCGUCUCGCUCCUGAUCCUUCCCUGCGUACACGCGCACACACGCACACACAUCUACCCACACAAACACGCGGACCAUACGUCUUUUGACCGUUCCCCUACCUUAUCCGCACUUGUCCGACUUCGCGCCGCCCUUAUGUUUAUACUGAUACGCAGUCGGAAGCCGAACAGGAACUUGAUGACAACGGCACCGUCGGCGGGGAUGGACGCAAAACCGCGGAAGAGACAGUUCGCCAGCCAUCGGCCGUGCACGAAUCGGUCGGCCCACCACGUGGAUCGCGGUCUCGUGCUCUCGUCGCUGGCACCGUUCGCGCUCGUCCUCGUCUUCGCGCUCGCAGGUACCUCCGACGCCUCCUACGAGACGCAGGGACCCAGCUUCGUGAUAGAGCCGCCGUCCAGGGUGGAGUUCACCAACGUGAACGGCGGCCGGGUGGACUGCACCGUGCGGGGAAACCCGCUGCCGACCGUCGACUGGCUCGCGGCGGACGGCGGCAGUAUAACGAACAUCCUCGGCAUCAGACACGUCCUCGGCAACGGGACGAUACACUUCCCCGCGUUCGAGGCCGAGGCCUUCCGGCAGGACGUCCACUGGGCCAUUUACAAGUGCUCCGCCGUCAACAGUGUCGGCGCGGUCGUUAGCAGAGACGUCACCGUCAGAGCAGUGGUAAACCAACGUUACGAUCCGGAAGUGCAAAAUCCCAGCGGCUUUCUCGGCAACAACGUGCUCAUGCGCUGCAACGUACCCAGUUUUGUACGCGAUCACGUCACGGUCACGUCUUGGCUUCAGGAACCAGUCUUCAAUAUUUAUCCCUCCACAAUGGGCGAUGGCAAAUAUCAUAUGCUGCCGACCGGCGAGUUGAUGAUAAUCAAUAUUACGCGAAGCGACGCGCAGAUGACGUAUCGGUGCAGGACGCAUCACCGGUUAACUCAGGAUACCGUCGCCAGCAGCAAUGUAGGGCGGCUGCAACUGACUGAAAUUCGGGGCUCCAUGCCGCCUAUAAUAAAUGAGAAGCUGGUAUACAUGUCAGCUCGAUUAAAGGACACCGUCGUGAUCCCCUGCGUGGCCUACGCCAACCCAACCCCGACUAACAGAUGGUACUACAACAGAAAUCAGAGGGAGGAGCCGAUCGAGGAGUCGUCGGGCCAUUACGUCGUUCGUGACGGCUCCUUGAUCAUCCAGAGCGUCGAGGAGAACGAUGCCGGCUCUUACAUGUGCACCGCCAGCAAUUCCGAAGGCAGCGAAACUUUGGAGAUCAGAUUAACGGUGUCUGCGCCGCUGAGCGUUCACGUGCAACCGGCGAUACAGACGGUCGAUCUGGGAAAAUCCGCCUAUCUGACGUGCACCGCAAGUGGAUUUCCGCAAGCGGCACUCUAUUGGCUGAAGGACGGUCAGCCAUUGAGAACUGGCGCCCGGGUAAGGACGGUCUCCAGCGAGCGUAUUUCCGUAACGUCGGUCGCGAGGGAGGACCGCGGCAUGUACCAGUGCUUCGUGCGGAACGAGUACGAAAUGGCUCAAGGAAUUGCGGAAUUGCGCUUAGGAGAGAUCGCGCCGCAGCUGGUCUACAGGUUUAUCGAACAGACAAUGCAGCCCGGUCCAUCGGUUUCUCUGAAAUGCAGCGCCGCGGGUAAUCCCACGCCGCAAAUUUCCUGGCUGCUAGAUGGAUUUCCGCUUCCACAAAACGACAGGCUCCUGAUUGGCCAAUACGUGACCGUAUACGGGGACGUAAUAUCCCACGUUAAUAUUACCACCGUGAAGCCCGAAGACGGCGGCGAGUACGAGUGCAUCGCCAGCAGCCGCGCCGGCGAGACGAGGCACUCGGCGAGGCUCAAUAUCUACGGACUGCCAUACGUCAGACCGAUGUCGCCCGUUUCAGCGGUCGCGGGGAAGCAACUAUAUAUCAAGUGUCCUGUAGCCGGUUAUCCCAUCGAAUCGAUAGUGUGGGAGAAAGGGGACGUAAAACUGCCUACCAACAUGAGACAAAGAGUCGCCAACGGUACGCUGUUCAUCGAUACCGUGCAACGCAAUGCCGACGAAGGCACGUACACAUGCACUGCCAGAAACAAACAUAAUUUCACGUCUCACCGCUCGGUCGAAGUACGUGUUCUAGUGCCACCUAAAAUCACGCCUUUCAGUUUUGCUCGCGAUUUAAACGUAGGGGACCGUACUAGCGUACAGUGCGUAGUCGUGACCGGCGACCUACCACUGACAUUCACGUGGCUCAAAGAUAACGUCCCGAUAGAGACGGUCAGGACGUUGCCGUCGUCGCAGGAUGCGCCGUCGGGCAGCCGCGGUCGGUCGCCGGCCGGUCCUGGGAUGGACGCGAUGAUUAACGGGGGCCCCAAGCUAAGGGGCCCUGCCACCAUGACCGCCUCCGGCCCCGGGCCACAUGACGAAGCGUCCUCCUCGUCCCAGAGAAAGAGCAUUACCAUCGGAAUACAUGACGCUUUUACCAGCGCCCUGAGCAUUAGCACGAUCGCACCCGCGCACAAUGGCACGUACACCUGUCGCGUGACCAAUGGCGCUGCAACCGUCGCUCAUUCUGCACUCCUUCACGUCAACGUACCUCCGAGGUGGACCGUGGAACCUAUCGACCAGAACGCGGUUGUAGGUCACGGCGUCUCCAUCGCCUGUCAGGCCGAAGGAUUCCCCAUUCCGACUGUGACUUGGAAGCAAUCUAUCGGUGAGACUCCGGGUGACUACAGAGAGCUGGGAUACGGCACGGAAGGCGCCGGGGUGGCCAGAAACGGAUCUUUGGUGAUCCCGCGGGUAUCGCGGGAUCACGCCGGAUUCUAUAUAUGCCAGGCGAGCAACGGCAUCGGGCCCGGCCUCAGCAAGCUCAUUCGGCUAACGGUUCAUGCGGGCCCCCAGGUGACAGUAAGGAUGAGGCAGGAAUCGGUGCGACGAGGGGAGAGCGUAAUAUUGCGCUGCGAGGCCGAGGGAGACGCGCCUCUUGAUCUUAGCUGGCGUGUUCGUGACAGCAAGAUCGAUCCUAAUUACGACGUUAGGUACGCGGUAGAUAAUACGGUGGAUGCGUCGGGACGCGUCACCACCGAACUGCGGAUCAUGCAGGCGAGCCACAUGGACCGCGGCGACUACAUCUGCGUCGCCGCGAAUGCAUACGGUCGCGACAAGGCGACGAUCCACCUGCUCGUGCAGGAACCACCCGAUUUCCCACGUAAUCUGCAUGUGGCUGAGCAGGGCAGCCGGUCGAUCGUGCUGGCGUGGUCCUCGCCGGCAACUGAUCGGGACGCGAGCCACGUCAGCUCACCCAUCACCAACUACAUCGUGCAGUACAAGGAGGCGCAAGACGUGUGGCAUGAGCACAACACGCAGAAGCUGGUAGCCGGAGACAACACGGUCGCUCGGGUAUCGCCCCUAAAACCCGCGACUACCUACCACUUUCGAGUGCUUGCGGAAAAUCAUCUUGGAACAUCAGCGCCAAGCGACAUCCUUCAUGUGCAAACGGAUGGUGAAGUGCCCGGUGGACCGCCCAGGCACGUCUCCGUGGAGCCCCUGGGCCCGCAGCAGCUCAAGAUCACGUGGCAACCGCCGGAUCGAUCCCUGUGGAACGGCGAACUACUCGGAUACACCAUCGGCUACACCAAUCUUGGAGGAGAUGAUCAAUUGACGAACACGACGCGAGUAGGAAUCACAGGAAAUGGGGACGGCUCACACGAUUACAGGCUAACCGGUCUACGAAAAUAUACUCAAUAUAGCAUAGUAGUAAAGGCGUUCAAUAGCAAAGGAGACGGCCCGGGAUCCGAUCCCGUGAUGGCGCAAACGUUCGAGGACGUUCCAAGUGCGCCACCGCAGAAUGUAGCUUGCGCCGCACUGAAUGGUCAGAACAUCCAGGUGACCUGGAAACCGCCGCCUUCCGACAAAGUUCACGGGGUCGUGCUCGGAUACAAGCUGCUGUACGAAGCCGCCUCGGACUCGCAGACCGGCAGAGAAACGAAAGUCAGUCAUGCUCUCAGCACGGUCCUGCACACUCUUAGCCCGUACACCAACUACACGGUGCAGGUGCUCGCCUAUACCAGAGCUGGGGAUGGCGUCGCGAGCAGUCUUGUGUCUUGCACCACCGGAGAAACCGUUCCCGACGCACCGGAACGCGUGAAGGCGGUGAUCAGCGGCGAGAACGCCGUCGUGAUAUCCUGGCUGCCGCCGCGACGACCGAACGGAAUGCUGAUCCAGUACACCGUCUACAUCCGCGUGCUGGAGCAGGGCCAGGAGGUGAAGAUCACCAAGAGCAUCCUGCCCGCGCAGAACCUGCAUCACGAGGCGACCGGCUUGAAGCUGCACGAAACCUACGAGGCCUGGGUCACGGCCUCGACUAAGGUCGGUCAGGGUUCCAGCACGCCGGUCAUCAAGCUUCAGCCUAGCGCCACUGUUCCAGCUGCCAUAAUAUCGUAUGGCGUGCCCAUCGUGGUACCGUGGCGAGUGGACGUUAAUAUGGCUUGCCUCGUAGUCGGCGAUCCCCGGCCGAGCGUCGAGUGGCGACGUGCCGACAUGAAACUUCAACAAAAAUCCGACGUGGGGCCGGACAAUACCUUAACUCUGAGAAACGUGCAGAGAAGUCACGAGGACAACUAUUCGUGUCACGCGAAGAAUUCGCUCGGCACGGACGAAAUUACGUAUACGCUGCAUAUACAGGUGCCGCCGACGUCGCCUACUCUGCUGGCGACCGGCACGACGACCGACGCCAUCCAGCUACAAUGGAAGCAGGGCGACAACGGCGGCGCGCCUAUUAAGGGAUUUCUCUUGGCUUAUCGUCGGGAAUACGCCGAAUGGGAGGAGGUCAUGCUGGAUCGGCGUGAGAGCACGCAUCUCCUCGAGGGCCUGCAGUGCGGCACGCGGUAUCAAUUUACGCUCGCGGCCUUCAACAGGAUCGGGAGCGGCAGCGCGAGCGACAUACAAACGGCGAAGACGAACGGCUCGAAGCCGAUCCCGCCGCCGAAGCAUCACUUCGUCAGGCCGAAUCAGACGUUCGUUAUUCUGGAAUUGGCGGCCUGGCAGGACGGCGGCUGCCCGUUGACCUACUUCGUCGUGGAAUAUAGGAGGCUGCCCGGGGAUUGGCUGCUCGUGUCGAAUAAUGUGCCGCCGCAGUCGAAAUUUCCCAUCGUGGAUCUGGAGAGCGGCACCAGCUACGAGCUCCGCGUGACGGCUUACAACAACGCCGGUUCCACCCAAGCUGAGUACCUGUUCAGUACGCUGUCACCCAGCGGAAACAACCGUUUGCACGAGGAUCAUCCGCAGGAAAGCGAGAAUACUCCGCUCUACCUCGACGCUCACGUUUUGGCGCCGAGCGUCAUCUCCGUUAUCGCUGUCAUGCUUGCGAUCGCCGGAGUGUGCUUUUGUCUCAAGACACAUCCGGAUGGAUCCGGCGCGAACGAUCCGAGCUCGCAAACGCAGGCGGCCCUAGACAACAAACACAACAUGGAGCAAAGGGAACAGUACUACGCCACCGUGAGGAAACCGGGACAGCAAUCGCCUUGCCGCGAGGUGAGCGCCCUGGAACGAAUACCCGAGUAUUCGGAAGACAUUUAUCCGUAUGCCACCUUCAAUCUGCCCGAGCAGGAAAAUCUUUCGGCGAACCCCAUGAGACAGGCGUUCUUCUACGAACGCAGCGAGACGAUGCUGCAAGGCGCUCAAUGCGACGUGGACCAGUACACGAAAGUACGUGGUCGUGCGCGACGCAAAUCGAAAUCGUUCAAAUCGGAGUCGGAGGAGUACGACACGCUGGGCUCUGACAGCGACACGGAGGUCGGCACCAGCAGUCGUACCGAGUCGUCGAAUCACCUGGACGACUCCGGUCCGACGUCGAUAAUGGCCCGCUCGCCGGGGCCGAACUCCGUGAAUCAGCGGGAGCAGCGGCUCGCCCUGGUGCAGCGACCGGUUCAUCAUAAUGUGCUGUACCACACGCACGAAUCAAGUACAUCAACCGAGCCGUCACCAAUUUCUGAGAGAAAGACUUUCCCGAGGCUCGAAAAGCAACGGAGUCGCGGCGCGAUCGACGUCGCGAUCGACGGUCGCAUUCCCGGUAUACUGCGACCGGUGCUGAAGCUAUCGGAGUCCGGAGUGCAUUCGUGCUCGCGAGGAGCGUCGCCGAGUCAUCCGGUACGUCCUGGUUCCUACGACAGGCUGGAGAAGGAGCCGCCGAGCAGGAAGUCCGUCGAGUCGCUCUGUCUCCUGGAGGAGCCGGCAGGCACGUUCAGAAUGAUGAGGAGGAACGACGAUUGGGGCAGCGAGCUGUCUACGUUGGAAUUGAAGCCACCGAGCGGUUUCACCGACGUCCACGAGACCAGUGAGGCCGAAUGCGACAUCGACAUGAAGCUAAAGUUACACAGGAAACGACUACCGAGUGGUCUCCACUCCAACAGCUCGCUCUCCAAAUCGCCCAAGGAUUUCACUAUCACCGUCUAAGUGUUUUAAUCAAAUAUCGAAACCAAAAUGGAAUUUAAGGAAGCCCAAAAAAAAGCGAAAGAUUUAAAUAAGCAAAGUAUUGCCAAAGCAUGAGUGUUAUUAAGUCAAGUAAGUUACGAUUUCUCGCUGUUGAGAUUCUUGCGAUUGCCAACGUCGCUCUGCGGAUCUAGAUCUCUGAAUGUUUGUCUUUUGGAGUGAUUACUCUAUCAAAGACAUCGUUUACAAAUAAAGACUUAUUUUUGUAAAAAAAAAA